GCGAACCGCAUAUUCUGCAACCGCUCGCUCAACAUGCAGCACAUAACCGCGGUGGGUUUCGACAUGGACUACACACUCGCGAUAUACAAGCCCGAGACGUUUGAAGUGCUCGCGUACACCCUCACGUGCGAGAAGCUCGUGAACGUGUACGGGUACCCGCGCGAGAUUCUCGAAUACCGAUACGACCACGAGUACAUGGUCCGCGGGCUGGUGGUGGACAAGAAGCGGGGUAACAUCUUAAAGAUGGACCGGCACAAGUACGUCAAGGUUGCGAGGCACGGGUUCCGGCCUAUGGACGCGGAGACUCGAAUCAAGACGUACAACGCCACCACGUCACCGGGGGGCGUGGACAGGUUCGACGGUGCGAAUUACGCCAACGUGGACACCUUGUUUUCGCUGGGCGAGACCUACCUGUUCUGUCAGCUCGUGGAGCUCAAGGAGCGGUUGAUCGAGAGGGGCGCGGAAGCCGGGGGUCUGACGGAGGCGGAGACGGCGUUGACGACGAAACCCUUCAUCGACGUGUACUCCGAGAUUCGCGCCUCCGUCGACCUCUGCCACAGGGACGGGAGUCUGAAAGCCGCGGUGGCGGACGACCCGGAGAAGUACAUUCACAGGGACGACGCCCUUGUGCCGAUGCUCGAGGCUCUCAGGUCAGCGGGCAAGAAGGUCUUCCUGCUGACCAACUCGCUUUGGGAUUUCACCAACGUCGUCAUGAAUCACCUCGUGCACGGCGCGAGCGGCGAGGACAAGACGGCGGAGUGGACCGAGCUCUUCGACGCGGUGGUCACGGGCUCGUGUAAGCCCGGGUUUUUCGAGAAUGAGCGCGCCGCCAUCUUCGAGGUGGACGUGCAGACCUCGGCGCUCAAGAACACGGACGACGGCGCUCCGAUGACCCCGAUCGGCGCCUCCGCGGCGGCGUCCCAGGCGGACGCCUUCCUCGCCACCGCGGGCGCUCGAGCCGGUACGGGAAAGAACGACGGCGUGGCGAUGCACGCCAAGGCGUACCAGGGGGGCAGCUAUCGCCACCUCCACUCGAUGCUCGGGGUUUCGUCCGGCGCGCAGGUUUUAUACGUCGGCGAUCACAUCUACGGCGAUAUCCUGCGGUCCAAGAAGACGCUCGGUUGGCGGACGAUGCUCGUCGUCCCGGAGCUCGCGCACGAGAUGGAGUGCCUGGAGCGCGCCGUGGAAGAGGACACGCCGGGCAAGUUGAGGGACCUCAGGCGCAGGCGGACGGCGCUGGAGGAUGCGUUGCAACUCGCGGAGUUUCAGAUGUCCGUGGAGAAGACGAUGGACGACGACGCGUACGACGCGCUGGUGAAGGACGCCACGGAGGCGAGGCUCGCGCACAGGGAGGAGCUCCGGCGGAUGCACGCGGAAUUUCACCCCAUCUGGGGGCAGAUGAUGAAGGCGGGGAACCAAAACAGCCGGUUCGCGCACCAGCUGGAGCGAUACGCGUGUCUGUACACGUCGCACGCGAGGAACCUCCUGGCGUACUCCCCCGCCAAGUCGUACCGGGGCUUGUCCGAUGCCAUGCCGCACGACAUGGACGAGAACGUGUGACGAUUCUUUGCAACGAUCUUUGACGAUCGAUUCUUCGCGCUCGAUUCUUUGAUGUAAUUCUACCGCCAAUUUGUUU